AUGACUGGUGCCCCAGCUUCCUCUGUGACAGGGGCUGUCAGAUGUAAGCUCCGGGGCACCCCUCGUCCGCCUGCAUUCUCUAUGGAUGGUGACUACAUUAUUGGGGGUGUUUUCUCCAUACACUACUACAUGCACACAGUGAGGCAUAACUACACCAGCUUGCCUGAGCCUCUGAGGUGCACAGGGAGCAUGGACUCCCGCGAACUGCGUUUCUCACGCGCAAUGGUCUUCGCCAUCGAGGAGAUUAACAACAGCACCGAGCUGCUACCGGGCAUCAAGCUCGGGUACCAAAUUCACGACUCGUGCUCCUCGGUACCUGUGGCGGUGCAAGUAGCUUUCCAGCUGGCAAACGGCUUGAACCCGGUGUAUGUCACCGGCGGAAGCUGCUCACAGUCCGGUGUGGUAACAGCUAUUGUUGGCGAGUCUGGAUCAACGCCGUCCAUCAGCAUGUCACGCGUCCUCGGGCCUUUUCACAUUCCACAAGUGAGCCACUUUGCCACUUGUGCGUGCCUGUCCGACAAGCAGCAGUACCCGGCCUUCUUCCGAACGAUCCCGAGUGACCAGUUCCAGGCCGACGCUCUGGCCAAGCUCGUCAAGCAUUUUGGCUGGACCUGGAUAGGGGCUGUCCGGUCCGACUCGGACUAUGGGAAUAACGGCAUGGCGACUUUCCUGCACGCAGCGCUCAAGGAGGGCAUCUGCGUGGAGUACUCCGAGUCCUUUUACCGCACGCACCCACGCAGCAGAAUUCAAAGAGUGGCUGAUGUUAUCCGCAGGUCCACAGCCAUGGUUGUGGUGGCGUUUGUAGCCUCUGGAGACAUGAGGAUGCUGCUGGAGGAGCUGGCGCGCCAGCCUUCUCCACCUCGCCAGUGGAUAGGCAGUGAGUCUUGGGUUACCGACCCGGAGAUGCUGAGGUUUGACUUUUGUGUCGGGGCCAUUGGAUUUGGCAUCCAGCGAUCCAUCAUCCCAGGCCUGAGAGAGUUCCUGCUGGAUCUCUCUCCAGCUAAAGUGGCCGGUUCUCCACUGCUCACUGAGUUCUGGGAGGGUGCAUUCAAAUGCCAACUAAGAAAGAGUGCUGACGCAGAGGGGAGAGUGUGUGAUGGAGCUGAAGAUAUGCAUAAGCUUCAGAGCCCAUACACCGACACAUCUCAGCUCCGAGUCACUAAUAUGGUCUAUAAGGCUGUUUAUGCAAUAGCACAUGCAAUCCACAAUGCAGUUUGUCAGGACACAAACUCCACAACUCAGUGUGACAGAUCCACCAGGAUAGACCCCACACAGGUUCUGAAUCAAUUGAAGAGGGUUAAUUUUUCUUGUAAUGGAUAUCCUGUUUCAUUUGAUGCCAAUGGGGACCCUGUAGCCGUGUAUGAGCUGGUUAACUGGCAGAGAAGUGAGAGUGGCAUCAUGGAGUUUGUGACAGUAGGACACUAUGAUGCAUCUCUGCCAGCAGGCCAGGAGUUUCAUAUGAGCAGGAACCUCACCUGGGCAGAGGGCAGCACAAAGGUGCCUGUCUCAGUUUGUAGUGAGAGCUGUCCCCCAGGAACUCGUAAAGUGCUGCAGAGAGGGAAACCUGUCUGUUGCUACAACUGUGUACCAUGUCCUGAGGGAGAGAUUAGCAACACCACAGAUUCCCCAGACUGUUUCUCUUGUCCUGAGGAGUUCUGGCCCAAUGCAGAAAGAAACCUGUGUUUCCCCAAGCCUGUAGAGUUUCUCUCUUUCCAUGAGGUCCUAGGAAUCAUCCUGUCCACAUUCUCGGUCGGAGGUGCCUGCUUGACCAUUGUCACAGCAGCUGUGUUCUUCCGUCACAGGGCAUCUGCAAUUGUCAAGGCCAACAACUCUGAGCUGAGCUUCCUGCUGCUCUUCUCCUUGACUCUGUGUUUCCUGUGCUCUCUGACCUUCAUUGGCCGGCCCUCUGACUGGUCCUGUAUGCUGCGCCACACAGCAUUUGGUAUCACCUUUGUCCUCUGCAUCUCAUGUGUUCUGGGGAAAACUAUAGUGGUGUUGAUGGCCUUCAGAGCUACACUUCCAGGCAGUAAUGUUAUGAAAUGGUUUGGGCCUGCACAGCAAAGAAUGACUGUGGUGUCUUUUACAUUUAUUCAGGCGUUGAUAUGCACUCUUUGGUUGGUUUUUAGUCCCCCUUUCUCCAUACAAAACCUAACCACAUACAAGGAGAGAAUCAUUUUGGAGUGCAUUAGGUUCAGCUAUAGGUUUCUGGGCUGUGCUUGGGUACAUAGGACUCCUGGCUGUCUUUUGCUUUGUGUUAGCUGUCCUAGCCCGAAAACUUCCUGAUAGUUUUAAUGAAGCCAAACUCAUAACAUUUAGUAUGCUAAUAUUCUGCACAGUCUGGAUCACUUUUAUCCCGGCUUAUGUCAGCUCUCCUGGGAAGUUCACUGUAGCUGUGGAGAUUUUUGCCAU